CUCCUGACGUGUUCCUGUUCCUGCCAAUCUCGUAAUCUUGAGCCUUGCCUUCCACUUUGACUUUCAAGAUUUCAUCAAGCAUCAACAAACCCCAUCCAUCUCCAAUCCAGCCCGAUCAGAUCAUCGCCCCAUCCAAAAAUGCCCGGUCUCACGAGUGCCAGAGGCAUUCUUUCUUUUCUCAGCGAGGACGAGGCCGAGCUCAAGGUUUUCGCUUUGCAGACGCUGAACGACGACAUUGACACGGUUUGGAUCGAAGUCGCCGGUGCCCUCGGUCAAAUCGAGGCUCUUUAUGAAGAUGAAUCCUUCCCCGAACGCAAGCUGGCGGCCCUGGUCCUCUCCAAGGUCUACUACCACCUCCAGGCCUACGACGAGAGCAUGUUCUUUGCUCUGGCUUCUGGAGAUCUCUUCAAGCUAGACAGCCCUGGCGAGUUCGAGGAAACCAUCAUCUCGAAGUGUGUUGACCACUACAUCGCCGCCAAGAACGAGAACCACUCCAUCCUUCCUCAGAAGGAGAAAGACACGGACACCUCUCUUCCAACCCUGGCCACUGCGUUCAGCGGCAGCAACGCCGAUGGUAACAACGCUUCGGCCUUGAUCUCGCCCACGACCCCCUUCUCCCAGUCCACCCUGCCGUCCAAGUCUCUGCUGUCCCGCGCCUCGACCGACAACACCAUCAUCGAGCCCUCCUUCGAGCCCCCCAAGAAGCAACAUCGAUCCUCGUCCAUCGCGCUCACCCACAACGAACUCGACACCCGACGAGCCAUCGACAGCGUGAUUGAGCGGCUCUACGAGACUUGUCUGAAGGAGGGCCGCUACAAGCAGGUUGUAGGAAUCGCCGUUGAAGCCAAGCGCCUUGAUGUCGUCAACAAGGUCAUCCAACGGGCUGACGAUGACCACGUGAAAGCUAAGGGCAAGGGUACCGACGAUGAAUCUCUUGGCCCUGCCGAGGAGCUUAUGGACUACUGUCUGAGCAUCUGCAUGGAUGUUGUCCAGGAGCGUGCUUUCCGUGACGAGAUUCUCCAACUGGUGCUGGACAUCCUCACCAGCGGCAGAGCCAAGGAGCCCGACUAUUUCUCCAUCGCAAAGUGCAUAGUCUACCUGGACAAAGAUGAGCAGGCUAGGGCCGUCAUCAAGCGUCUGGUGGAAGAAGGCACCCCCAGUUCCACCGCCAUUGCCUAUCAGUUUGCAUUUGACCUGUACGACAACGGCACGCAGGAGUUCCUGGGCAAAGUCCUCGCUCCUUUGCCCAGGGGCGAGCUCUCUAAAUCAGAGCCUGGCACAACCGGAGGGAAUGCGGACAGCGAAGACGCCACUGAGACAGACGCUCUGCUCGAUAAGACUGAUAAGAGCUCUACCGAGCACAGCUCUGUUACCCUCACCGAAUUGGACGAGAAGAGGGGCGGCAUAUAUAAGAACAUCCGUUCCAUCCUCGAUGGCAGCAAGACCAUCAGGCUCAACCUCGAGUUUCUGUACCGCAACAACCACACCGAUUUGAGCAUCCUUAACAAGGUUCGGGACAGUCUCGAGGGCCGCAACUCCAUCUUCCAUACAGCCGUCACAUUCUGCAACGCCUUCAUGAACCAGGGUACAACCAACGACAAGUUCUUCCGCGACAAUCUGGAGUGGCUAGGCAAGGCUGUUAACUGGUCCAAAUUCACUGCUACAGCCGCUCUCGGCGUCAUUCAUCGUGGUAACCUCUCGAACUCUAGGAAGUUGCUCGAACCCUACUUGCCAAGAGGGACUGGUGGCAUUAGUGGUGGCUCUCCCUUCUCCCAGGGUGGUGCUUUGUACGCCUAUGGUCUGAUUCAUGCCAAUCACGGUGCUGGUGCCCUGAGCUACUUGAAGACCCAGUUCACUGCUGCCGAGGAAGAAGUCAUUCAACACGGUGGUGCUCUGGGUCUCGGUAUCGCUGGCAUGGCCACUGGUGAUGAGGAAAUCUUCGAAAACCUCAAGACAGUUCUGUUUGCUGAUUCUGCGCUCAACGGCGAGGCUGUGGGUUUAGCUAUGGGUCUGAUCAUGCUGGGCACUGGUAAUGUCAAGGCAUUGGAAGACAUGGUUACCUACGCACAUGAGACGACUCACGAGAAGAGCGUACGCGGUCUGGCACUGGGCAUGGCUUUGAUCAUGUACGGCCGCCAAGAAGGUGCUGAUGUCAUGAUUGAAGGUCUUCUAAACGACCCGGACCCGACGCUGCGAUAUGGUGGUAUCAUGACAGUGGCCAUGGCCUACUGCGGAACCGGCAGCAACAAGGCUAUCCGUAAGUUGUUGCACAUUGCUGUCAGCGAUGUCAACGACGACGUGCGCCGAAUCGCCGUCAUGAGUUUGGGAUUCAUCCUGUUCCGCAAGCCCGGCAGUGUUCCACGCAUGGUUGAGCUCCUGUCCGAGUCGUACAACCCCCACGUCCGAUAUGGUUCCGCAAUGGCCCUGGGUAUCUCGUGCGCUGGCACUGGCUUGGACGAAGCUAUAGAUCUCCUUGAGCCCAUGAUGAAGGACCCUACCGACUUUGUCCGUCAAGGCGCCCUCAUCGCCCUGGCCAUGAUCAUGAUGCAGCAGAAUGAGGUCAUGAAUCCCAAGGUCGCUGCUAUUCGCAAGACACUGAAGAAGGUUUUGGGCGAUCGCCACGAGGAUGCCAUGACCAAGUUUGGUGCUGCUCUUGCGCUUGGCAUCAUCGAUGCUGGAGGCCGCAACUGCACUAUCGGUCUGCAAACCCAGACGGGCAACCUCAACAUGGCAGGGAUUGUCGGUAUGGCCGUCUUCACGCAGUACUGGUACUGGUUCCCAUUCACCCAUUUCCUGUCUCUGGCCUUCACCCCGACUUCCAUCAUCGCCCUCGACCAUGACUUGGACAUCAUCGACACCAAGUUCCACUGCUCUACCAAGCCCAGCCUGUUCGACUACCCGCCUGAGCAGGAGACCAAGGCCGAGGAGGGUCCUGCUCUGAUUGCCACCGCGAUCUUGUCUACCACUGCUCAAGCCAAGCGUCGUGCGCAGAAGAAGGAGAAGGCCCAACGUCGCGAGAGCAUGGACAUUGACUCUACACCUACAGUGUCCAAGCCUGCUGCUGAAGACAAGAUGGAGCUUGACAAGCCUGCCGAGGAGAAGAAGGAAGAGUCAGCCGAAAAGGACAAGGAGACUCCGCCUCCUGACAGCAAGAAGAAGGCAGAGAAGGAGAAACCUGGCUACGAGGUCGACAACAUGAGCCGUGUUCUACCCGGACAGUUGAAGUACAUCACGGCUACGAAGGGACGAUACUGGCCCGUCAAGCUGGUACGGCCUGGUCCUUUGCCCACUGGAGGACCCAUCUUGCUCCAUGACUCUCGGCCUGACGAAACCAAGGCACUUAUCGAGGAGAAGCUCCCGAAGGUUUCUGUGGAUAAGGCGCCAAUUCCUGGUGGUGCCGGAGGUGCUGGAGGAGUCACUGCUUCUUCUCGAAGAAUCAAUGUUGAGGAGGCUCUACUGCGCCAGCUGGGCAUCUCUCCAGCCAACUUGGGAGUUGGUGCUGGCGAAGGCGCGGCUGCUGCGGCUGGUGUCUUGACUGCUGUUGAUGAGGAUGGUGAAGGUGCCGAGGAGGCUUCGGUGCCCAAAGACUUCGAUUACGAGACCGAUUCUGAGCCUUAUGAGGAAUAAGGGCAGCGCGAUGGACAUAAUCUUGGUGUACGAUGGUGGUAACAUGUAGCAUAGUUAGACAUUUGUAGCAUCCCUUGUCACUGCGCUGUCACAAGGCAUAGACUGCGUUCUCUGCGCUAUCAAGCUGUUGCUUUUCGAACCUCG